AUGACCCUGACUGUCUGGGAUGCCAUCUACAGCUUCCUUCUCGCCUUCCCAUUUUUGCUCCCAGCACUAGUCCUCCUCCAUCUGCUUCCGUCGCAGCACCUCUUUAUCUGGACUCUUUUCGCCUUGAUCUUCCUGUCUUUAUCUCUCUGCUUCGUCGUCGUGGUAUUCUUCCUCGCUGGACUGCGUUUCUUCUCCGCUUUGACUUCACUCGCCUCGCAUUAUGAAUUGAGCUCUCGAUCAGAGCCGGUCGACGCUAAGGAUCAUGUUGGCUCCAAGGAAACCCCCUCUCAGCCUCGUCGUGCAUCAAAAGAGCCUCCAUCUGUGAAGAAAUCCCCUAAGCGGGACACCCGCCGAGGUUCGCUUCCGCAUCUAGUAACGGUGCAGCCGUCUGACUGGUGA